AUGGAAAUUAACUCAAUAACCGGAGCGGUAAUUCACAAACUCGGCGAUCUUGACUCCAUUGUAAUUGAACAAGUUCCAGUGCCCCAUCUUGAAGACUCCCAAAUUUUAGUCAGGAUGGAAUGUGCCCCUAUCAAUGUCAGUGACAUCUUAAAAGCAAUGGGAAAUUAUUCGACUACUCAGCCAAAUUGUAUACUUGGCAUUGAAGGAAGUGGGACUGUAGUUAAAAGCGGAAUCGAUGAGUACUCCCAAUCUCUUGUCGCAAAAAGGGUCGCAGUUACAGCUUCUGUGCCAAGAUUCGGCACUUUUGCGGAUUAUUUACUCUACUUUUUAGAUUACUUAUGUGGGAGUGAUUUGUAUUCAGAUUUUAUAUAAAAAAUUAGGGUGAAAUAUUAAAAUUUUUAUUAUGAGUUGGAGAUCUUAUUAUAUUAUUAUUAACAUCACCAAUAAGGGCGAGUUGGAGGGGUCGGAUUGCCGGCCCCAGUUAAGUAGCCUCCUCCCUCCCCUAUAUUAGUAAUAAUAAACCAAAUUAUUUUGCACAAAAAAUUUAUUUUGCUCAAUAAUAAAACGUUAUAUAUUGAAAAAUAAGAUAUAUUUUCCAAGACUUUUUGCUCUAUACCUAGGGGCGGAGCUAGUCACUUCUGCUUUUUCUGCAUUUCCCUUAAAAGAUCAUAUUACCUUUGAACAAGGAGCCAGUUUAGUCAUAAACCCUGUGACUGUUGCAUAUAUGGUUAAAAAAAUUAAAGAAGGAAACCAUACUUCUGUAAUUAUCAAUGCUGCAGCUUCAGCUUUAGGGAAAAUGCUUAUUAGAUGGUGCGAUCUAUUAAAUGUUGCAACAAUUAAUUUAGUUAGAAGACAAGAACAGGUCGACACUUUAGCUGGUAUUGGUGCUAAGCAUAUAUUGGAUAUAAAAAUUAUUUUUUUAAUAAAAAAUUUAUUUAAUUAUGUGUAAUAAAUAUAUUUUAAAUGAAAAUUUAAUAAAUAUUCCAUAUAUUUAACACUUCAGUGCCUGGCUGGAAGGAGGAAGCGCAAUCUCUGACUAACCAAUUAGGAACCAAAAUAGGUUUUGAUGCAAUCGCAGGGAGUGCGACAGAAGAUAUGCUGCAAUUGCUAACAGAAAAAGGAGUUGUAUAUGUAUAUGGGGUACUUUCUGGACAGCCAGCUGAAGGCAACCCAAUGACUCUAGCUGGAGGAGAUAAAUCAAUUAAAGGACUCAUGUAUGGCAGAAUGUUCAAAGGCUUGUCUAUAGAGCAAAAGCUUGAAAUCGGAAAUGAGAUUCAAGACUUAAUUGGAGAUGCAUUGAAGACUGAUUAUCAGUCUGAGGUGGCACUAGAUGAUGCCUAAAGAGCUUUUAUAAUAAUAAAAUGGAAUUAUCGGAAUAAGUUCCGAGGACUUUUCUUUCUCUAGUGAUUUUAUUAUUGGGAUUCGGUUUUCCUAGUGCACCUUACGCAGUUAUAUCAGCAUUAACCCCAGCGUAUAGUCUGGAGCGCCUGAUAAUGGUUUUAGGAAGUGUGGGGUUUUAUCGCUUGACACUUCCAAGGAGAGUGACAAUUAGGCGAAACACACUCAGGAGUAAUGCUAGUGUGAGGCAAACAUCAUGUGUAGCUCUGAUCAAGAUUCUAGAAGUUUUGGAAUGUCUCCACAUGAUAAAUCGGUAACGCAGAAUUGCCCAAUAUAUCACUUGUCACUAAUCAGGAUAUAAAGGGUGAGUCAUGCAUGCCUAAAUCACUCGCUGAAUAAUCUGGGGCAUUAAACAAUAAGUAAUUAAGUAAAAAUUAGAUUAAAGAUGCUUUGAAACAAUAUGCUGCUAAAAAAACUGAUUCAAAAUAUCUAGUCAGAGUCAGAAGAUCUUAA